CCAUGGUUGAAUCUUCUCACAAUAACAACCUGUCGCAAUCGCACUGCAGCGCAUGGCUGACUGUGUAGCAGGAUGAUACAUGCCUGUGUAACAACAGACUACCUAGCUGGAAUAUCUCCUCACUGUAAGACGUUUUGCAUAAAAGGUAAUAUUUGUUCAUGUGUAUUUGAUGGCUGACCUGGGGUAUUUCAAACUUAAUAAAUGUUCAUAGUCUUUAUAACUUUUAGAGUUCAUUUGCUCGUGUCUACAUACAUUGUUGCAUCAAAUCGAAACGUAGCGCUAAGCAUAUAUUUACCUCAGUCAGCAAGAGAAGGAAAAAAAAAACUACAAAAAGAAAAUAAUGUUUUAAACGUUUAUUUCUCCCCCUCUUAUUAAAUAUAUUCAUUUUAUAACAAAUUUACUCAUCAACAAGACUUCUAGUUAUUCUGUUCUCUUAUAUUCGCAAAUUUUCUUUUCCCAUCAACCAUGAAGCAGCUGACGUGCUGAAGUUUGGAAUAUUUUAUGUUAAAUUUGUUCUGUUACGUCAGGAAUUUAUCUCCUCGCGUGUGUUACUGAAUAGAGUCACGGUUGAAUUGCUCUACUAACUAACAAAAGAUGUAAAAUGUAAAUGUGGCGAGGCUCAACGAAAUAAAAAAAUAAAUGGGAUCUUAGGAAUCUUAAUGUGUUUCUCCUUCUCCCGGACCACAUCGUAACUCAGUACAGUAAGGUAGUCAGUACAGUAAGGUAGACGAUCUCUAACAUUAAGUUUACUGAACAAAGUAGACAAACUCUAAGAUUAAUUUUAUUGAAAGUGACAACAUCCAGAAACAGGUUCAAAGCAUUACGAAUAUGCAUGUAGAUCGACCAAUCGACAAUAUAAUGUUUUUUUGUUUGUUUUUUUUGCUUUUCAGCAUAGAAAUGUCCUCUAAUGGUCAGGCAAAGCGUGUGUGUGUCGUUGGUGCAGGUGUGUCAGGUCUCGUUGCCCUGAAGGAAUGCCUGGUUGAAGGACUGCAGCCAACAUGCUAUGAGCUGGACACGGACAUAGGUGGGUGAAACUUCCUUGCCAUGACUCUAUGACAUUACUUUACGAUAUGCAUUUAUGAUAAGCCUAAAAUAUGACUGAAUGAUUUGACAUGACAAUAUGGCAUGAAUUUAUGAAAAGGACAAAUGGUGUGGCUAGAGUUGUGAUGAGUCAAAACUAAUAACAUGGCUAGGACUUCUUCAAACUCUACAUUCUUCACCAUAAUACUUGGGUCUUACACAACAAAAAACACCACCAUUUUAAAUCGCGAAGUGUUCUUUUUUAAAUAAAUCUUUUAUAUUAACUUUGCUUUUGUUCGUGGCCGGCAAGAUCUUCGCAUGGCUAAUUCACCCACUUCUCGUCAACCGAUCGAGCUGAAACUUGGCAUAUAGACUUGCCGUUCUAUCAAAUUUUCAGCUCCAACUGCAACGCCCCCAAAAUAAGUUUUUCCUUUUUUUCAACAGAGAAGAUGCUGGAAAUAGGAUGCCAUUGAUAUAACGAAAUACAAUUCCCAAUAACUGCGCUAAAUGAGAUUCUUUUUUUAAAAAAUCCCAAGUGCGUUUGGUGCGUAAUAUUUUUUCCCCUGAAAGCUCAGGAACGUGAAAAAAAGUCCGGUUGUGAGCUUUGGGGGGAAGGGGGAUUAUUUGGGAUUCUUAUAAAGUGAGUUACUUGUAGCAGAGGCGUAGCUAGAGUGUUUGGCGCCCGGAGACAAGCUUCAUUUUAAAGCGCACCCAUUAUUUUCAUCAAUAAAAUAAUAUCAAAGCAAAUUUGGGCACCCUUAACCAACUGGCGCCCGGGGACAUCUGCCCCCCCCCCCUGUUCUAACUUCGCUACGGCUCUGGCUUGUUUUGUCAAAUUUUCACCCCCACCAUAAUGGCUCGAAAUUAUGUUUUAUAAAGUAUUUAUACGAAAAACGUUGUUUUUAAGUAUUGUUAAAUUGAAAUUACUCCUUUGAAGAGUUCGUCUCUCACGCAGGCACAUGCAUAAAAUGGUAAGAAAUAGUUGAAGAUUUACAGAAAGGGGUGAGUUCAUUGCAGCUAUGAAUUCCAAAAAGCUCACAAUCUAACAAGCAAAUGUAUCCACAAAUGCAUGCAUUUCAUAUGUCUAAACAUCCUAUUUUCUUCUAAUCCAGGUGGGAUAUGGUGUCCAAAAACAGAGGGGAAAAGUUCAAACACCCCUCAAGUGUGGGAGACUCUUAUAACAAACACAUCCAAGUAUAUGAUGACAUUCAGUGACUUCCCUCCCCUUCCUGAGGACACGCCCAUUUUCACAGCUGAAGUGAGCGUGCGUUGUCGUUGGUAGACUGUGUUUAAUAGAAAACUAAUCACGUGUGUAAGAAUGAGAAAAAAGAACAGAACACUAUGGUUUUCUUUCAAUUUAAAUUUUUUUUUUUUUUAACUGAACACAUUAAACAACACAAAGAGGAUUUUUUAAAUUUAAAAUCGAUCAUCUCUUCUUCUUCUAUAUCUUAAGGGCCCACGAUCAAUUUAUUGAUCAUUUUGGCUCCUAUGCAUGUAGAUGGGAUUUGCAAUGUUUCUGUUACUGGCGGUGAUGAGGAAAUUAUGCACUAGGAGUUUGAAGGCUUGAGGCAAUAGACACAAAUGUGUCUAGUGUUGUCGCCUCAACUGUUCCUUUUGAAAGAUGGUUCCAGUCCCUGAUUGUCUUGGGCAGGAAUGAGCAGCUCCUAUACUGGCUUCUUGCUGGUAUGAGCCUGAAUUGCCUGUCAUGGCCUCGUCGCAGUCUAUGGGGGAGAGGGACGAGUUUCUGUUUAAUACUGGAACAGUGGACCAGCCCAUUAUUUAGCUUGUACAUCAUGGAGAGCCUGGAUUGUAUCUCUUGAUACAUUCGUUGUUGCGUUGCGUCUUUUCAUCAGGUUGUCCCAUAUUUUAUUUCGCUCAUUUCCAUGUGUUUAUCAUAACGGGAUUUUCAUAUAGUAUGUAUUACAAAACGCAACACAAUAAAACACAAACACACACACACAAUCGCAAACACACACACACACACAAACACACAUAAAACAUUCUAUGCCACUGAUAUCAUUAUCAUAAAAUCCACAUUUUCAGGCACUUCGAAACUAUUACAAAAGAUAUGCCCAGCAUUUUCAGCUUUCUUCUUACAUCAAGUUGAACACAAGAGUCAUCAAGGUAAGACCCGAACCUGAGUAUGUGUUUAACAGGGCCGCAAACUCAGAAUACACGUUUCUGGCAUACUAUUUUAAUUCCCGAGAGUUCAGUAACAAACUAUUAUUCCGUCAAUAUACUCCCCCCCCCCCAACCCAACCAACAACAAAACAAGCACCCUCGUCCCAUUUCUGGCGUCAUGGUCUAAAAAUUGUAUUUCUGUUGUAUUAGCGCAAGUCAAACUAUCAAAAAUGUAAUCAAACUAUCAAAAAUGUAAGUCAAACUAUCAAAAAUGUAAGUCAAACUAUCAAAAAUAUAAGUCAAACUAUCAAAAAUGUAAGACAAACUAUCAAAAAUGUAAGUCAAACUAUCAAAAAUGUAAGUCAAACUAUCAAAAAUGUAAGUCAAACUAUCAAAAAUGUAAGUCAAACUAUCAAAAAUAUAAGUCAAAAUAUCAAAAAUGUAAGUCAAACUAUCAAAAAUGUAAGUCGGGGUCAAACUAUCAAAAGUUUCGGCGCUAAACUUUAUCGACCAUCCAUGGACUAAACAUGAUUCUUGUUUCCUGAAAUGAAUCUACUUCAGAAAUGGUGGCCCCUGAAGAUUUUAAUCAAUAGUUUUCUAAACGAAACUUGUUUUACUCAAAGAAUUUUCAUGGAUGGAUCGAUCAAAUUUGAACAAAAACAAUGCAAGGGAAAUGGGGGAAAAACUCUUUGUGGGGGAUGUUCAAAAAACGUAAGUGGUUUGUGCAUUUGAAAUAAGUAGAAUAAUUUUUUUAUUGGGACAGAUCCAAAAAGCUUCCGAUCACAAUGUAACCGGACAUUGGAAAGUGCUGACUUGCCCAACCCAAGAUUUCAGAGGCGGAGACAAGAGUGCAGGACAAGUGGCUACAGAGGAAGAUCUGUCCAGAUGUUCAUCUGAAAUUUUUGACUUUGUUCUUAUUUGUAGCGGUUGCUUCAAGUGAGUAGAGAUUGCUGUAGCAGUUACUUCAAGUGAGUAGAGAUUGUUGUAGCAGUUACUUCAAGUGAGUAGAGAUUGUUGUAGCAGUUACUUCAAGUGAGUAGAGAUUACUGUAGCAGUUACUUCAAGUGAGUAGAGCUUGUUUUAGCGGUUACCUCAAGUGAGUAGAGAUUACUGUAGCAGUUACUUCAAGUGAGUAGAGAUUGUUGUAGCAGUUACUACAAGUGAGUAGAGAUUUUUGUAGCAGUUACUUCAGCUGACUAUGGAUUGUUGUAGCAGUUACCUCAAGUGACUAGAGAUUGCUGUAGCAGUUAUUCCAAGUGAGUAGAGAUUGCUGUAGCAGUUAUUUCAAGUGAGUAGAGAUUGUUGUACUGGUUACGUCAAGUGAGUAGAGAUUGUUGUAGCUGUUACUUCGGGUGAGUAGAGCUUGCUGUAGCGGUUUAUUAUUUUCUUUGCUAUCAUUCCAAACUUGUCUUGUUUUACAAAUUACACAGCCUUCAAGUGUCAACAUCAGGGGUCUCCAAACUUUUCAGCCCGAGAGCCGCAUCAACUAUCAAACAACUGUUCGGGGCCGACUACACACUCUAAGUCCAAAUAAAAAAGAAUCAAAACAUGGAUGUUGUUUUUAAUUAUUUAUGUAAUAUUAUUUCAUUCAGCUAUUAUUUCAUAACACAUUGAUACACGACACAUGAACACCUGUAUUAGUGGGAAUGGUGAAAUUGUUUCCUGGAUGCCAAAUUAGCAGUGAUUAGCAGACAUUUCUGGAUUUAGAUUUGAUGUCCCUAACAUCAACAGUGACCUGAGAUUAUUAUCGGACAAAUUUGUUCUCAAAUUGUUCUUCACGUAGUUCGUUCUUGAAAAUGUUUGUUCACACCGGCGUGUCUGUUCCAAAGAUGGAAAGGUACAUUGACGCAAAUCUGUUGACAUUAGGAAAGUCUUCCUUGGGCAGAAACUAGUUAAAAAACCACCGGUCCUUCAUUUAACUUGUCCCUAAGGACGUCAUUUGCUUGCAACUCAGUGACCUCCAGGUGCAGUUCAUCUGGGUGACUGGUCACAACUGCUUCAAAUGGGUUUUGAAAAAGGCUCACUUCUUCUGCCUUUAAAUCCAAGUCAGAAAAACGCUGCUGAAACUUCAGCUGGGGGUCUUUGAUGAUUUCGCAUACAAAUGACGUGGGAACUCCGCUGUUGCUUCAGCCAUGUCAGUGCGUCAAGUUGUUGGCAUGUACUUGUUCCAAAAAAACAAGACGAGGUUGGGUCUGAAGGCCUUUAGGUGAGUGUAUAGAUCAGAAACUAGAUUUUCCUUUCCUCGUAGUUUAAGGUUCAGAAAAUUUAAAUGACUAGUUAUGUCUGCAGCUAAGGCCAAUUUCCAUACCAACUCUUCAUCAGACAGUAAUGGCUGUGGCUUUACUUUACUUUCCAGGAAGUCACCCAUUUCCUUUUUCAACUUAAAUACUCUGCUUAGAUCUUUCUCACAACUAAGCCAUCUUACUGCUGUGUAAUAUGGUAAAUCUUGCGAUUCUGUGUCUGUAUCUUCCAACAGGUCUCUGAACUGUCUAUGGUUGAGCCCAUGUGACCGUAUUAAAUUAACCCUCUUUACCACAGGAUUCAGUACACUGCUGUCAAUAUAUUUAUCAGACAAAGCUUUCUGCUGAAUAAUACAGUGCAGGAACAUUGUUUGCAGAAUUUUUUCUCAUUACACAUCUGCUUCACUUGUCCAACCAAGCCUAUCUUUAUGUCACUCAUGUUCUUUCCUCCAUCAACAGUCAGGCAACUGAGGUUAGUCCAGUCCAAAUUAUAAUCAGCAAAUGUUUUUUUUCAACUCAUUGAAUAUAUCCUCUUCGGUAACAGUGUCGUACAUGCUAUGUAGGGAAGCCAGCUUUUGUGUUAUGUUCAUGUCUUCAUCCACACCUCUAAUGAAAAGAAGCAGUUGAGAGGUGGAACAUCUGCCCAGCGAUUCAUCCAUUGCAGUUAAAAAUUGGCGAAAUUCUCGAUUUGAGUCACAAUGUUUUCACCCAUGUCUGCAACACGGCGGGCAAAGCUCCGCCACUAGAUGGCGUUAUAUCAUCUCAUUGACUGUGAACGGAAGUAGAAAAACUAAGCAGCGUCCUAGGUUUUGCCAAGUAAUGAUCGGCUAGAAAACAUAACGCACUAAUGCGUGCCUCUAUUUUAAUUCGGUAAAAACAUAACGUCAACGUAAGUGGCGUCUGAUCUUGGCAGAUACAUGCAAGUUUCCGUAAUUUUUUUCCGUUGACAAAAAGGUCUCCAUGGGCCGCAUGAGAGGGCCUCGCAUGCAGCCCGCGGGCCGUAGUUUGGAGACCCCAGGUCUACAUGUUUACAAUUGUCAUAUUAUCAUUGCGACUGCUUCAUCGUGUUAUUUCUCCUGACUCAGAAAGCCGUACUACCCAACAGUGGCCGGCCUGAACACCUUCCCUGGCGAUAUCCAACACUCUUUUGACUACAAAAUGGGCUCUAUCUAUAACAAUAAAAACGUGCUUGUUAUUGGUAAGUUCCUCUAUUUGUAAAUAUUCCAAUAUUGAAGGUUAUAUUAAAAUGUUUUGUUUUUUUUAAAUAUAAAACAUAUUUUUUUCUUAUUUUCAGGAAGCGCCUUCUCUGCUGGGGACAUUGCCAACGAUAUAGCAGCACAUACCAAGGUCUGUUAAUCUGCCAUGUUUUAAGGAUAUGUUUUUCCAGUAGCUUUAAACAAAGCCUUUUCUUAAAGUUGGUGCCAUUCGGGCAGCUUUGUGUUGGCAAGACUAUUUAAAUACCUCUCAGUUGUUUGAUCUCUGUCAUUCCCAGGUUUGCUUGUCAAGAGGUAAAGGAACUUGGAUAUUUCCACGCAUCAUGUCCGGUGCCCGGCCGUCUGACCUUUGCCUGCCUAGGUGUUGGUACUAUUCCAGUACUCCUGAGGUCUACUUAAAUAACUUCACGAUUGACCAGUGCCAGAACAGAUUGGAUCACAUGGGGUCGGCAAUCUGUCCCAUUAACCCACCAGCCAGCAGCUCUUCCUUCAUGUUCGGGGAUGAAAUUUAUGUAACUACAAACACGUUAUUCAAUAAAAAAAAAUAAUAAUAAUUGCACAUGUUUAGACAUCGCUGGUCGUGUCAUGUUCCAUAACUCUAUACACGCUGGUCGUGUCAUGUUCUAUAACUCUACAUGCGCUGGUCGUUUCAUGUUCCAUAACUCUACCAACGCUGGUCGUGUCAUGUUCCAUAACUCUACCAACGCUGCUUGCGUCAUGUUCCAUAACUCUACCAACGCUGGUCGUUUCAUGUUCCAUAACGCUACAUGCGCUGGUCGUGUCAUGUUCCAUAACUCUACCAACGCUGGUCGUGUCAUGUUCCAUAACCCUAUACACGCUGGUCGUGUCAUGUUCCAUAACUCUACGCACGCUGGUCGUGUCAUGUUCCAUAACUCUGCCAACGCUGGUCGUGUCAUGUUCCAUAACUCUGCCAACGCUGCCUGCGUCAUGUUACCUAACUCUACCUACGCUGGUCGAGUAAUGUUCUAUAACUCUGUCAACGAUGGUCGUGUCAUGUUACAUAACUCCACCACUACGUUUAGCACAAUAACACUAUUACCCUUUGAAGUGUCAUUUCAUCAUUGUCUCUGAUAUACACACAGUUUUUGCCGUCGGCCCCGCUGCACCAUAUAUUAACACACAUAAUCUUUUACGGUAAUAUAUUUUUAACGUCAUUUUUAAAAUAACUUUUAAGUUCUUAACGUUAUGAAAAAAAAAAGAAAAUGAAGUCGCCCACGUUUGACUCAGUAUCGUGAUUGGAGUAACUCUGUUCUGUCUGAAUCUGGCGUCAAACUUUUUUCGAUUAUUCUCCUUUGUUUUUUUAAAGACAAAAUCUCCACCAAAAUUGUAACUUGAAUAACAGAAGUUAUGAGGAGAGGAAAAAAACAACUCCUACAUCAUCAAAAAUCAAUAGAUCUUGUUCAUUUCUCUAAACUCAGAGACGUAUCAUUUUAUGUUGAAACAAAGUAGAAUUUCAGCCAUUGUACUGAGAACAUGAUGUCAUUUUGCUGUCAUUGGUGUAUUGAGGUCAUGAUUUCAUCUUGCCGUCAUUGGUGUGCUGAGGUCAAGAUUUCAUCUUGCCGUCAUUGGUGUGCUGAGGUCAAGAUUUCAUCUUGCUGUCAUUGGUGUGCUGAGGUCAAGAUUUCAUCUUGCCGUCAUUGGUGUGCUGAGGUAAUGAUUUCAUUUAGCCGUCAUUCAUGUCUGUUUUUUCUUGUGUUACCAAACAGAUGAAAAUUAUGUCAGGGCGAAUCAAAGUGUACGGAGAACUCGAACGUCUGAAGGGAUCCUCAGCUUAUUUCAGUGAUGGCUCCGUCAUUCCUGACCUGGAUGCAGUCAUUUUAUGCACUGGAUACUCGUCAGAUUUUUCAUUUCUUGAUUACGAAAUUAUCCAAGGCAAGUCAUCCUGACAAUAGUUGACAUGAGUGCAAUAGUUGACAUGAGUGUAAUAGUUGACAUGAGUGUAACAGUUGACAUGAGUGCAAAAGUUGACAUAAGUGCAACAGUUGACAUGGCUGCAAUAGUUGACAUGAGUGCAACAUUUGACAUUAGUGCAACAGUUGACAUGACUGCAAUAGUUAACAUGAGUGCUAUAGUUGACAUGAGUGCAACGGUUGACAUGAGUGCAACAGUUGACAUGAGUGCAACAGUAGACAUUAGUGCAUUAGUUGACAUGAGGGCAAUAGUUGACAUGAGUGCAACAGUUGACAUGAGUGCAAUAGUUGACAUUUUUUGACAUGAGUGCAAUAGUUGACAUGAGUGCAUUAGUUGACAUGAGUGCAACAGUUGACAUGAGUGCAACAGUUGACAUGAUUGCAACAGUGACAUGAGUGCAACAGUUGACAUGAGUGCAACAGUUGACAUGAGUGCAACAUUUGACAUGAGUGCAACAGUUGACAUGAGUGCAACAGUUGACAUUAGUGCAACAGUUGACAUGAGUGCAACAGUUGACAUUAGUGCAACAGUUGACAUGAGUGCAACAGUUGACAUGAGUGCAAUAGUGACAUGAGUGCAACAGUUGACAUGAGUGCAACAGUUGACAUGAGUGCAAUAGUUGACAUGAGUGUUGCAGAUUGUUGGGUUCCUGAUCUUUUUUUCUUAUUUUUAGCAAGCUUUUUUUCUAUAAAUCAUUUUAGUAUAUUUCAUCUAUAUUAGCGUUUUCCUCUAAUGUUUUUUUUAUAUAUCUUUCGACGCAAUCAAUAAUCUAAUUAUUUCGUUAUAUCAUUCAUGUAUCAUACAUGAUAUGUUUCAAAUCAAGCGUCAGCAAAUUAGACACGUUCAAGUGUUGAGGAACUAAUUGUAUCCUCAUAUGCCUACCGAAAAUUAAUUAUUGUUGAGUGGCGUGACCAUCUGCUAAAUACUUUAAAAAUGUAUGUUAACCAUAGGGAACAAUUAAUGAUCUGCGCAUCUGUUCCAUGUACUGGCUACUUGCUCCCACGCGAUGAAGUGUAAUUUAUGCAUUCAGAUAGAACGAAGAGUGUUUACUUGUCAUACUAAAACAUGAGUCGAGUGUGAAGGAGACCAUUUUUUUAAAUGAGUGAGUGGAUUAUGGGCUUAUCAUUACUAAUGUACAUUUUUUGAUGAGUCACGUUUAUAAAGUCUCAUUGAGGUUACAUUUAAGUAGUAUACUAAUGUCUGUUCUAUAGGAAGAAUUAGGGGUUGGGCUCGGAAAUGGGACAGGCUGGUGUUUUUUUUAAUAAAUUUUUUCUAUAUUUUUUUUUCUAUUCUUUGCCCGAAGCUGGAGCCAUUAGAAUUUCUUCCUGAUCUGAGUUCCAAAAAUGUUAGUGAAUUUAUGCAAGAUAUUAUGUCUUCGACUUGUUGAAAUAAUUUUUAUUUAAAUUGACGCCCCGCUAUUUAACUGGCCAUAUUUCAACCACCCCUCUACCAACUGGGUUGCCCCACUGUCCUACCAACUGGGUUGUCCCACUGUCCCACCAGCUAUGUUGCCCCACCCCUAUACAGCUUUGUUGAUGACUUUCUACUGCCUUGCUAAUAAGAUAGGUGAGUGAGAAUAAGUGACAAAUUUCUAUAAGCACAUAUCACUCUCUCAACCACCCCCUCCCACUUGUGUGUGUGUGUGUGUGUUGUUGUUUUUUCCGUUUAUCGGAGGUCACCUGGAGCCCAAAACAAAUUUGACCGAAGAGGGACCGGAGCGGAAAUUGGCCAAAAAAGCCUGCUCCAAAUUAAUUCGUUUUAAGUAAUUUGUAUUUCAUGAUCUCAUUUUACAUUUAGAAAAUGGCAAGAUGGAUUUGUUCAAGCUGAUUUUUCCCAUACAAGAAGAGAAAAGAACACUGGGCAUCAUUGGAGCCAUGGCUGGCGAUUCUGCAUUAGCUCCUGUGUUUGAAUUACAGGUCAGGUCGACACCUAUAAUGUUGUAGUAUAGAUCGUCACUUAACUAAUUACUCUUCAUAUUUUUAAGGAACUGUUAAUAAUCUUCAUCUAGAGACGAGGCGCGUCCACUGUGUUUAAUCAGUCCGUUUAAUCACACCAACACAAUGAUCCCACCGACACAGUGAUCACGCAGACACAGUGAUCACACCGACACAGUGAUCGAACCGACACGAUGAUCACACCGACACAGUGAUCACACCGACACAGUGAUCACACCGACACAGUGACCACACCGACACAAUGAUCAAGCAGACACAGUGAUCACGCCGACACGGUGAACACGCCGACAGGGUGAUCACGCCGACACAGUAAUCACACCGACACAGUGAUCACACCGAGACAUUACAUCGAUUUCGGAACACCGGAGCGCAGUGAGCAUGCUAAAGUGGCAUGGAUACCAGUGCGAUAUACAUAUCCAAUCAAUCAAUCAAUCACACCGAAGCGUUAUAUUUGAAAGAAUAGUUUUAAAAAACGUUAGUAAAAUUAUAAAAUAUUCAGAAAUUACCAGUUGAGAGGUCUAGAUCUAUACGGCAAUAUUAGCAGUAGAUUUAUUUUAAAAUUACUCUUGGUUUUAUGUUACUUUCCCAACUUUUCCUUUUUUCCGCCUGAUAAACAAGGAACUAUUUUCUUAUUGUGUUCUGACUGUGAACAUAAAAUUUACGAAUCCCAGUCACUUUGUAUCACUUGCUGGCCAUUGCAAAACCUCAACUUUUAAAAUAAAACGUCAUCAAAUGACAAAGCCAUCAUUAUGAAUGUCAUACAGUUAAUUUGAUAAGUUAAUCGAACAGAGGUAAGGUUGUAUUGAUUUACACUUGGUAACUCAGAGAGCAGGUGUUCUCGAACUUGUUUUAGACGGGGGCCGGUUCACUGUCCUCCCAGACACUGUUUAGAGGGCGGGUAAGAUGUGCGAGAUGUUUGCCAUUCAAAAGUGCUUUUAAUAGUCUACCCGGGGGAAAAAAAAGGGGCCGGAUUAAGACCCACAGAGGAUCCAGGGCAUUUGAAAUUUUGCCUUCUCCCAAGUCGCGUACCCAAGGAAUGUGGAAGGGUGUGCCCAUUUAAGGCGACAUUAAGUCAAGGUACGUCUUUGUUCUAAACCCCACCCCACCCCAUCCCACACCCCAUACCUCCCUUUCCCCCGAAAUCAUCCAUUUGACUUCCGGUCUGCCUUUGGUUUAAUAUCUUGACCGAGAAUUGAAAUAUUUCUUUUUGAAUAACAUAAUUAUUUGAUCUCUACGACUUAGACCUAAUUGGCUGACACGUCAUUUCUAUUCUAUUUAUCCUGUUCGUUAAGAGUAGUCGGUCUCUCUUAAUCUUGGGAACAGUGGUGUUGGAACAGUCCCAGCAUCUUGGGAACAUUGGUGUUAGAACAGUCCCAGCAUCUUGGGAACAGUGGUAUUGGAACAGUCCCAGUAUCUUGGGAACAGUGGUGUUGGAACAGUCCCAGCAUCUUGGGAACAGUGGUAUUGGAACAGUCCCAGUAUCUUGGGAACAGUGGUAUUGGAACAGUCCCAGCAUCUUGGGAACUGUGGUGUUGGAACAGUCCCAGCAUCUUGGGAACAGUGGUAUUGGAACAGUCCCAGCAUCUUGGGAACUGUCCCAGCAUCUUGGGAACAGUGGUAUUGGAACAGUCCCAGCAUCUUGGGAACAGUGGUAUUGGAACAGUCCCAGCAUCUUGGGAACAGUGGUAUUGGAACAGUCCCAGCAUCUUGGGAACAGUGGUGUUGGAACAGUCCCAGCAUCUUGGGAACAGUGGUAUUGGAACAGUCCCAGUAUCUUGGUAACAGUGGUAUUGGAACAGUCCCAGCAUCUUUGGAACAGUGGUGUUGGAACAGUCCCAGUAUCUUGGGAACAGUGGUGUUGGAACAGUCCCAGUAUCUUGGGAACAGUGGUGUUGGAACAGUCUCAGUAUCUUGGGAACAGUGGUAUUGGAACAGUCCCAGUAUCUUGGGAACAGUGGUGUUGGAACAGUCCCAGCAUCUUGGGAACAGUGGUGUUGGAACAGUCCCAGUAUCUUGGGAACAGUGGUCUUGGAACAGUCUCAGCCUCUUGGGAACAGUGGUGUUGGAACAGUCCCAGCAUCUUGGGAACAGUGGUGUUGGAACAGCCCCAACAUCUUGGGAACAGUGGUGUUGGAAACAGUCCCAGCAUCUUGGGAACAGAUUACGCCUGGUGUAGCCUGCCUUACUGUGUCUUCUCUCGUCCUAAUUAUAUAUAUAUAAAUUGUUAUAAAGCUGCCCAAGAUGUCAAUAAAGCACUGUACAUUAGCGUUCCCCAAAAGGUGUUCAGCAGACCGGCACCGGUCCGUGAGCCCCAUGUCGUCGGUCCACACAACAUGAAAAUUUAAGGUCAAAUAGAAGUUAAAUAUGAUAAAUCAAUCAGGCCACGGUUCCUGGCUCGAGUUCGAGACAUCUCCACUGGUCCGACUAACUUGAAAGUUUGGGAAAACGUUGCUGCACAUGACAUCAUUAAAAGUACGUUCAAGAUCAAAUAAAAAAAGAUCCCUAUCAAGGGGACCCUAAAAGGCACUUUAGACCAAGUCAGGUGGGGGGGGGGGUUUCUUUUAGGUUAAUCUGGCUGCGCUACCAACAAUGGGAAAGAAUGCAAUGGGUAGACGGAAACCAAGGGAAUACCACACGCCAACCGUGUGUAGGCAGAUCUUUGACGGCAAGUGUAGUUAGAUCUUUGACGGCCAUUGCACGCGGAUCUUUGACGGCUAUUGUAGUAAGAUCUUUGACGGCUGGUGCAGGCUGAUCUUUGAUGGCUUAUGCAGAAAGAUCUUUGACGGCUGGUGUAAGCAGAUCUUUGAUGGCUAUUGUAGACAGAUCUAUAAUGAUUGUUGCGGGCAGAUCUUAGACGGCUUAAAUGGGCAGAUCUUUGACGGCUAGUGUAGUUAGGACUCUGACGUCUAGUGGGCCGUGUAGGAGAUUGAAAAGACAAUAAGAAGAUUUAGUCUGUAUGAGUGUGAUUAGCUGGUGCAUACCUGAAUCUCCUGGGAUGUAAGCUGUAUGGCGCCAUUAUAAUUCGUGCAUCACUAAGUCACAACCAUAAGAAAGCUGUUAUGACGAAAAUUUCUUACUUCCAUCAGAGUCGCUACGCUGUCAAGGUGUUUGCUGGCAAGUUACAGCUGCCGUCAGUUGAAGACAUGAAGGCAGACGCCGACUUCUGGUCUGGAUUCUGUUUGAAGAAGAAGGGGAGAUACUGCUACAUGGUAAAACUGAACAAUAUAAUUAUUAGUAUUGCAUCAUAGCUCCAUGGGGAAAGAAGUGAGGUCCACCUUUUAGUGUGUUUACAAAUAAAAAAUUGUAAAACUUUCAAAUACUAUAUACUGUGAGUGGGGUGAGGAUGGUUCUAUGAUUUUUAAGAUUAAGGUGCAGUACAGGGACGUCAUUUGGGUAGAGUGGGGUUGGACAUUUGCGCCCCCCUUCCUGAAUUUUCCGGUUUUAAUAAAAUUGCUAUGUACUGUUGCGCCUCAAGUAAUAAACAGCUUAACAAGCCGACCAAGUUUUGGUUUUGCGCCCCCCCCCCCUGAAAAAACCUGAAAUGACGCCCCUGAAGCAGUAUGCUAGAAUAGGGCACACAGCUUAGUCUAAAGAGGAUUUUUUUUUAUUUUAAUCUUUAAUUUAGACAUGAAUCAGGUACAUUUUCGUAAAUAUGUGCGCGAAUCGCAAAAAGGAACUAUAAAUUCUACCUUAGUUAUGUAAGGUUUAUAUUUGAAUGACAGAUCACCUAUGUUAUAUUUAUAGAUAUUUAAAUGUAUUUGAAUGUGAGAGCAAAGCUUGCAGUUUCAGAGUGUUCAGACACCGUUUGGUACAUUAUUGUCAUUUCUUUAACCCCCUAGAUUCCCGGCUUUCUGUUUGGUGACGCCAUUGCCAAACUGCUGGGCUGUUUCCCGAGUUUCUGGCACUUGCUUCUCCGCGAUCCGGCCCUGGCGUUCCGAGCAUGGUACGGACCCAUUUACCCGGCACAGUACCGUCUGCUGGGGCCGGACAGCAACUGGCGGCAAGCGAGUGAGAUCUGCAGGCGAGCUGAUGCGGAGGGCAGCAAGCCUCUCCGUCAUGGCACGGUGAACAAGGUCAAGCGCGAUGACCUAGCGGCGGCCAGAAGAGGUCGGUUGAUGAACGCUGGUCUCCUGUUGCCUGUCUUUGCACUUGCUCUCUAUUUGUUUCACAGCAAACACACUAAAAUGUGACAGAAAUAGUUCUGCUGGAUGGCGAUAGAUUCUCCGAAUAAAAUCCUGUUGUUAAAGUAAGAUCGUCAACACAGGUUAUAAACACAGGUAAAAAUCAGCUUCUUAAAGACACCGAGAACUUAGGGGACAUAUAUGUUCAUAAUGUGAAAAAGUUCACUGGCUCUUUUAUUAAUAGUAACAAAAUGCUCAAUCAACAUUAAAAAAACCAAACAAAAAAACUUUAUUAAAACCCCCUUGCAAAGUCUCUAUAAAAACAUAUUAUUAAAUAUUUUAUAGAAUGAAAACGUUUAAACACAUUCUCUCGGAGACAGAUCUUCUGUCUCCUUUGUAUCAUGUAAAGGAAUAUAAAAUGAAUAUUCAACAAAUCGAGGAAAAACACCUGUUUUUUGC